AUGAGUGCGCCUCACUAUUUUGGCUACAGCAAAUCGACUCGUGCGAAAUGUAACGGCCCUUUGCCGUGCCAGGGCACGCCUAUGACAACUGGCACACUACGGUAUGGACGUGCAAUAGCCAACGAACAUGGCGACCAAGUAGAAUGGCGCCACUGGUCUGGGCUGCGUCACGCCAUCCAUUCUCGGUCAACUUGCCUCAGCAAAUCUGGACGAUAUCCAUGGAUUCAGAGAUUAAGGUCGGAUGACCAGCACAGGAUUCGCAAGGCCGUAUUAGAAAGACGCGUCGAUCCUGCGGAUAUCCCUCCAUCUGCACGGACUGUAAACUCCACUCCCAUCAAUGCAUCUGUGUCCAGCGUUCCCAGUCAGAAGAAGAGGAAGGCCCUGCAGGAGCAGGCCUCUCAAUCCCAGAGACCGGCACCAUCGUCAGGCACUCGAAACUCCAAUGCAUCCGCAACCAGCGUUCCCAGUCAGAAGAAGAGGAAGGCUCCGCAAGAGGCCCAGGGACCCACACCAUCGUCUCAGGGACCUACCAUAUCGACGCGUCCUUCGUCAUUGAAGCCUGUGGAAGAAAUCCCCGCCGUAGAUGAAAUACCAGAAGAAGAAGCUGCGGAUGAACUGUACUCCACGAUGCGAACGAACGUUGUCGGAUUACAAUACUACAAAGGUCUUGUUGGUCCCGGCGAGGAGGUUAUUAUUCAGAGGGACUUGAAUAAUGCCUAUGACGCAAACGCAGUGAAAGUAUUGAACAUUGGGAGGGUUCAAGUAGGACAUAUUCCUAGAGCCUUAGCUGCCAAGCUGGCACCUCUUCUUGAUCGCAACCUGAUUACUUGUGAAGGGGUGAUUCAUGACGGAAACUUAAGUGGAUUUAGAGGGUAUACGCUGAAUAUGAGCCUCAAAAUCUACGGUGCUUCCAAUAAGUGUGAUACACUUGAACCACUUCUUACGUGGUCGACACCCGGUCAACGUGGGUUUGGUUCCCGGAAGGGGGUACCGUCUAAUCAAAGCUCAGUCGCCCCAAUGGCGGGAUCAUCUCGUGCUCCGGGUACCAAACCCCCCCAGACAGAAGCUGCCAGGAAGCAACAGGAAGCACUGCAAAAGGCUGCCGAAUUGCGCCAGAUUCUUAACAGUCUUGAGAAAGUUGAUGAUGAAGGACGUCGAAGCUCCCUUCUAGACUCCGUCUGCUCAACCGAAGAUAUAUUGAAGUUACCGUUGCAUCCCUCCCCUCCUGGAAUCGAACAAGGGAACUUGGUAGUCGAUUUGAUGAAACAUCAAUGCCAGGGAUUGCAAUGGUGUAUCGAGCGAGAGUAUCCAGUUAUUCCCAAGAAAGAAAUUGAUAAGCCUGUCCAGUUUUGGCAAUUAAGGAAGGACGGGAAUAAGACUUAUUAUUAUAAUGUGGCCACAAAAACGCCUCAAACAAGCCCCCCCAUUCUCGGAAAAGGCGCACUCUUCGCGGAUGCUAUGGGUUUGGGGAAGACGUUGACUAUGAUUGCUUUGAUUCUAGCCACUAAGGACGACCACCCAGCCCAUUUUUCAAUAAGCACUCUAAUCGUGGUCCCGCUUUCUGUACUUUCUAAUUGGGAAAAGCAGAUUCAAGAUCAUUGCGCUCCUGGCGCUCUGACAGUAUGCGUUUAUUACGGUUCGAAUCGGUCUAUGAGCCCAGAAGAGCUGGCUGGGUAUGACAUCGUUCUUACCACGUACCAAACUGUUGCUUCGGAGCACAACGGUACUUCCCCAAGCGACGGUCCCAGCAAGAAGAAGAGAAAGAUAGGGAAAUCGCUUUUUGAAGUACAGUGGAAGAGAAUUAUUCUCGAUGAAGGCCACAGUAUUCGCAAUCCCAAAACAAAGAUGGCAAAGGCGGUAUGCGGUCUUAGCGGAGACCGUAGAUGGGUGUUAACAGGCACUCCCAUAAUUAAUUCGCCCAAGGAUCUCGGCUCCAUUCUGACUUUCCUUCGAAUUUGUGGGCCGCUAGAUCAAGAGGACUUCUUCAAACGGCUGCUGCUUCGUCCUUUGAAGGAUGGCCUUCCGUCCGGAGUUGAACUACUACGAGCUUUGAUGUCCCACGUCUGCAUCAGACGUACGAAAGAGAUGCAGGACAGUACUGGAAAGCCUCUAGUACCUCUACCUUCAGUUGAGAUGACGUUGGUACCUGUCACUCUUCACCAUGACGCUAGAGAAUUGUAUGACGAGAUUGAAAACCUCUCGCAGCAACGUUUAGAAAGGUUUAUUGCUAGAGGAGAGGCAAACUCGAUGCAAUCCAACGUUCUAAGUAUGCUUACUCGUAUGCGGCAGAUCGCUUUGCACCCAGGUCUCGUUCCUCGUAAUUAUCUGGAUCAGCUGAGGUCUGCCGUCGACAGUGAUGACUCAGGAUUGGACUCCGUUCCUCAGAUAAAACUGACGCCAAAGGAUAAGGCGAGAUUGCAGGAAUUGGUCCUGCAAGCGAUUGAGGAUUCCCAGGAAUGCCCGAUCUGUUUCACUGUCCCUGAGAAUAACAAUACCCGAAUAACAAGCUGCGCGCAUGUGUUCUGCCUUCCGUGCCUCACUGAAAUUCUAUCGAGGCAGGCAAAAUGUCCUAUGGAUCGCCGCACUCUUUCGUGGAAUGACGUGAUUGAACCCCCGCCGCCUACUGAACUGACGCAGCUGCCAGGACCUGAAGACGACGAAGAAGAUGCCUUCCAGACUGGUUCUUCGGCAAAGAUCGAACAACUUAUACAACUCCUUACGCUUAUGCCUCAUUCUGAAAAAUCCUUGGUCUUUUCUCAGUUCACAUCGUUCUUGGACAAGGUCGCUGAGACAUUGGAUAUGAAGGGUAUCGCGUACGUGCGGUUUGAUGGCCGUAUGUCAGCAAAGAAGAGGCAAGAAGUGUUGACACGGUUUUCUGUACCGGUCUCAGAAGCCUUGGCUCCGCCUCCAAACGAGGAAUUGCAUCACGGGCGACGAAGGAAGCAGCGGAUCGUUGUAGAGGAUUCUGAUGAAGAUGCCGUAGAUGAUCAAGACAGCGACUUUGUGCCGAUGUCGCGAGAUGAUGACAUGGACGAUUUCAUUGUUUCUGACGAUGAAUCAUCCCGCAAGAAAAAGGGUAAAGGGAAAGCUAAGGCCAGAGUUUCUGUAGAUCGCGACAUUCUGGGUGAGGGAAGCAAUCCUAAAGUCAUGCUGCUAUCGUUGAAAGCGGGUGCUCUCGGCUUGAAUUUAACGGUUGCUAAUAACGUCUUCCUUAUGGAUCCCUGGUGGCAAGAAGGAAUCGAGAGUCAAGCGAUCGACAGGGUGAAUCGUAUCGGACAAAAGAAAAAUGUCCACGUCUAUCAGCUUAUCGCUGAAAAUACCGUCGAGUCGAAGGUGCUCGAUAUACAAGAGAAGAAGAAGGCGCUGAUAAAACAAGCAUUCUCGGGUACUAAGAGGACUGAAACGCCCCUCCAAAGGAAGGAAGCUCGUUUACAAGAGAUAAUUGAACUUUUCGGCAUCAGGAACCAGCAGGCACAGACCUAG